AGAGAGAAAACCGGGUCUGCUGGUGCUACACACACAAACGCCGACAAGAACAAGACGACGGCGACGACGACGACGGUGAAGCUAAAACGCCAGAACCUCCAAUAUCUUGUCGGAUACAGAAGAACCGGACCGCAUUAGACUCCACUGGGACGGCGUUUUUUACUAUCGGUGAACGUACGUGUGAACGAAGCGAACGCGCGUGUUUUGUGUGUCCAGGCGCCGCGGAACCACAUCCGGCCUAGUAUACCGCGUUCUAGCAUCCAGUGGUGGUGAUUGCCCGGAGUUUGGCCAAUCGCCGGAGGUAGUGCGGCAUUCCGUGAGAUACUAGAAGACGUCCCCAGGGCGGACAAGGAAGUGACAAAUACCGCAUCCUGCAUAAAGCCACCAGUGUGGAUGUUCCAUACAGUGAACCGGAAAGCGUCUGGCUGCAUAGUGCUUGAACCCGUGCAUUUCCAACCCGUGUACAGUUAGUGAUAAAGUGAGCAACAAAAUUAUCCAGUAAAUAGUGCAUUCAUCAACCGAGCAAACCAUCAGCAAUACCAACACCUUCCACAGUACGAAUCAGUGCGUCGAUCAUUGCGUUCUGGAUCUCUUUGCGUCGUGUUUUUCUUGUGGCGUGAAUCAAAAUCAGCAAUUACCGGUUAACUUUUCCACUCCGAAUUCAUCAUCUUCAUCACCACCCGUCUUUGUCUCUAGACGGCCACAUUUUUUCCGUUUCGUUGCUGUAUACGUGUAUGUGUAUGUAUAAAAGUGUAAAAAAAGCUGAAGAAAACCAAGCAGACUUUGACCGUGUGUGAAUCAAAACUUUGUGUAUAAAGAAAAAAGGUGGACGAGAAAAGGAACAUUUUGUGACAAUUACGAAAGUUUUCCGUGUAAAAAUAUUGAACAUUGUGCAGUUGUGUAGUGCGUGUACGUGUGUUUGUGCGUGUAUGUGUACAUAUACUUGAAGGCAAGGAUCAAGAUUUUCCUUCCGAUGGAUGCGUACGUUUAGUACGAAUAGAACUAGAGCGAGCGAGAUAGAAAGAGAUAGAGAAAGAGAUCACACACAAUCAUCAGCAACGUUCGAAGACACAAAAAUAGCGCCCAAUAGCGCCAAUAUUUGCUAGAGAAAAGCGUGCAAAAGUGUCGCGUGCAUUUUUUGCAGACUGCGAAAAAAACAUCAUUUCGCAUGCGGUUCUGGAAAAUCGCUCGCAUAUUAUCGGAGACCAACACCGUAGGAGCAACGCGCUAGGUGAGAAGCGUUUCUCAUCACGGGUGAGAUUUUUGUUGCUCACGGUGCCUCGUGUGGUGAACUGGUUGUUCGCCGGCAGCGCAUACACAGCAUUUCGGCUGGGCUGCUAGCAUUGUUGUUGUCGUUCCAGUGCGUGUGCGUCUGGUUGCGCAAAUAAUUGCAACAAGAACCGGCCACCCGGUACGCUACGGCUACGGGGUCAUCAUCAGUUUGACUCAAGCGGGCUUCACUUUACCCGGCCAGUUCGUCUGUGCGUGUGUGUACAUAGCAAUAGAGAAACGAUAGUUUUUCGGCUGCGAGGCUUUUCUACCCAAUUUUCUACCCCAUUGUUGUACCGUCGUACCGCGUCGUACCACCAGGCUAGAGAUCACUGCAUUUUCGAGUCAAGUGAACCGAAUUCUGGGUUCCCCGAUUCCCGAUCCUAUCAACCCAUUGGAGCAUGCGUCGUUGUGUGGUGCGUGAAUAGAAUCCGUGUGAAGGUGGUGUAGUGAGCAUUAUAUGCUGCGUUCGCGAGUGUAGUGUGAGAAAUAAGGAAGCUGCCAAAAGGCAAACAUCAAAAAGGUGUAUAAUAAAAGUGUAACGUGCGUGUGUGUGUGUAUGUUUGGAAAAGCUGUAGCUGCACAUGUGUGGUUGUGUGUAUGUGCGCGUCGAGAUAAAGUUCAAUUGAAUGAUUGCAAUUGCCCGUGGCCGCGUGUUUGCGAAUUGAUCACCGCAAAGGAAGAAAAUAUAAGCAGAACGGUGUGUUGUGUUAUCAUCAACUCCGUUUGAUCGUGCCAGCCAGUGUUGUGUGUGUUCGUAUCGUGUCGGUGCAAUUUUAUGAAUGGUGUUGCAGCAAGCGUUGUGUGCCGUUGAUAAUUGAAAAAAUCCACUUAAACGAGUGGCGCUCUUCGGGUGUGUGUGGACGACGCGCGCGCGAUCUAGAAAAGUUGCAGUGCGUAUUGCAGUGUGGCUUGUGUAGGUGUGUGCGUACCGCUCGAUCGAUGCAAUUGUUGUCCAACAAGAAGUCUCCUGCAAAGCACGUUGUUUAAAGCACGGCUCGUGUUGUGAAAAAUCGUGAUUCGUUUGUAGUGAAAACCGCAUAACAAAUCGAUUCAGGUCCUGACGGACGAAGCCAACAACAACACAACAACAGGCUUAUUGCAUUCCGAGCGGUGUUGCCAGUGUGCUGGUUUUGAGCAUUGCUGAAACACACAUCAAAGCAGGCGCGUAUCUUCCUCUGUGUGUGCGUGUGUUGCCGCGAUAUUGCACGACGAACGGCGGCGACUGUUAGCCAUCAAUCUAGAAGGCCUAGACACACACGCAUACCAACGCGGGCUCCUGGGGGUUGGUCGGACUCACGGCUCAACAAACAACGGCGCGGGUCCCCAAAAAACCGCAGCGAACGCGCCCCAAGCGCAGUGUGUGUGCGCGCGAGAGAGAGAGAAAGAGCGAGGGAGUUGUUUUCAAACAAAAACCACACAUUUCUCAGCGAGCAUCGAGAUUCGUACGGCGCCCGUGCUGCGGCUCAUCUUUCCCCGUUGCGUUUGUUUUCGGUGUGUGCGUGCGUGAAGCAACUCGCAACCCAACAACGUCUUGGAUCGGCAGCGAAUCCUCUAGUGCGGAACGGUGAACUUUGAAUAUCUGAAGCUCCCCGAACGCAUUACUGUCGAUAGAGAGACAAAGAGAGAGAGAGAGAGAGCGGGCAGUUAGUAGGAGCGACAUACGCAACAGCGCACAGUAAAAGGGCAUCGGCCAAGACGACGACGACAGUCGACGGGACAGCGACAACGGCUACGAUCGUACCGGAAGCGGUUGCCGCCAGUAUGAAGCUGCUGGGUGGUCACGACGAUGGAGGCGGACGAAAUGCGGCCCCGAUCCGUACGCAGGACGAUGCCGCCGUCGGUUACGUGUUUCAGCGGCAUCCGAACGAUACCGAGUUCCACCAGUUCGCACAGAAGCAGUCCCGGUGGGCUUCCGGGGAUGACACCAUUAUCGAUAAUCAAGACAAGUGGAAGUAUAACCCCGCGAUACCGAAUAACGCCCCCGGUGGUCUGCUGCCACCGCCGAUCGUAUCUGGCGUAAAGCAACAGCAGCAGCAAGUAGCCCAACAGCAGCAGCAGCAACAGCAGCAAUCGCUACAACAGCAGCCACCCAUGCAGCUGCCCCAUCAGCCGCACCAGCAUCAGGUGCAGCAGCAAGUUCAGCAGCAGCAGCAACAAGCGCAACAGGCGCAACAGCAGCAACAACAACAGGCACAUCAGCAACUACAGCAGCAGCAACAGCAGCAGCAACAGAUGCAACAUCAGCAGCAUCAACAGCAACAGCAGAUGCCGAUGAUUAACCAUCCAUCCCAAAUGGCUAACCAUCUAAACCAUCAGAACCAUCUGAACCAGACGAUGCUGAAUCAUGCGACGAUGAACAGCGGUGGCCUGCCGACGAUGCAGAUGGCCAUGCAGGGUGGCAUGUACGAUCACAUCCAUCCGCCGAACGUGAAUGUGAAUGGGGUUGGUGUGCCGAAACCACCCGGACCGGAGCAGCAGCUCGUGUAUCUGAGCGGCGGUCAGCAGUACGGGACGGUUCUGGCACCCCAGAGCCAGUACAUUCCGCGGAAUAACUCAGCGAUCAACACGUCAACGGCGAAGAAGCUGUGGGAAAAGGGUGGCACCAAUGAUGUUAAGGUGGCUGCCGCAGCAACUGGUCCAUUGCCACCGUUACAGCUGCACGGUACUACCGACCAUCAGGUAUGGCGCGAUUCCACCUGGUCGUCCCAGGGUGACGCCAUCUUGGCCCCGCGCCGCAUUUUCCAACACGCGCCAGAGACAAAUCCGACGGGUUCGACCGGAAUUUUGAGCCCUCGCGACUCGACGGGAGGAUUGGGCGUAAAGAUGGUGGAGUACGUGCUGGGAGGUUCUCCGACAAACAAGGAAAGUCCACUCGCCAGCUUGGACGCUCGCUUCAAGGGAUUGAAGUUUGAUGAUGGAGACAAGGCAUCCGAUGAUAAGGACAAAGCAAACUCACCGUUUGAAACGAACGGUGUGAAGAAAGAGGAGGUCGUGCCCGGCACAAACGGUGUCGUGAUGGUGAACGGUAUCGACGACGACAAGGGAUUCAAUCACCUUUCGUUCCAAAGCCGUACGCCGGGUUCGCGCCAGCCGUCCCCAGCCGAAGAACAGUUGCCCCGUCCAAACAUGCUUGAUCCGACGGGCGUACAUGGAUCCGGCUUUCCGCAGCAUCCGUCGCUGCACAACAUGCUCGGUUCUGCGGCACCCGGUGGUAACGACGUAACGCAACAGGCGGCCGCCGCAGCUCUUGGCUCCUAUCAUCCGCAGAUGAUUAAUCAGAUGGGCCAGAUGGGACAGCUCGGACAGAUGAACCCGAUGAAUCAGUUGAACCAGCUCAAUCAACUGAACCAGAUGCAGAGCCACGUGAUGAAUGGUGUUGGGGGCAUACCGCAGAUUGCACAGAGCCCGAUGGUGAACCAGCACGGACAGGGUCCGAAUCAAAUCGACUCGCCGGCGAAUCUUUUGCAGCAACCGCAUAACUACGAACUACAGCAACUUUUCCGCUCGAAUCCAGGACUGACGGCAGCGAACUCGGCCGUCCCAGGUGCACCGAACGGUCAGCCACUGCCCCAGUCGGCCCUCUCGCUUUCGGCCGCCCAACAGCAGCAGUUCCUGCAGCACAAUGCGGCGUACGCAGCUCAGCAAGCGCCCCCGUACGUCAUCAACCCGGGACAGGAUCCGUCCCAGUACAUGGGAGCCCUCAUAGCGGCCGGUGUACCGCAGUACUAUGCACCGGCACCGUGGAGCGUGUAUCCGGCCAAUCUGGCCAUUCCGCAGCAGCAGACGCAACCUAGGCGGCCGCUUACCCCUUCGCAACAGGGUGCCGAAAAUCAGCCUUACCAGGUGAUAUCGGCCUAUUACGACCAGAGCGGUUCGCUGGUGAUGGGACCACGCACCGGAACGCCGAUGCGGCUCGUCAGUCCGGCCCCGCCGGUUCUGGUGCCGCCGGGUGCGGCCGGUCCACGGGCACCCCAGGCGCCCCCGAUCUAUCCUCCGCAGCCACAGACCGCCCAGCAGAACGUCUACUCGGCCCAGAACGGAUCCAACGUAGGAGGACUCGGUGCCUUGAACACAUCAUCCCUGACCACGCGUCGGGAUUCGUUUGAUCGCAACACAUCGGCCUUCAGUCCCUCGCUGGACUACACCUCGGGUGCCUCGACCAACACGAUGGCGAUGAAUGCGGCUGCCGUCGCUGCCACUGCUGCCGCCCGCAAGUGGCCUGUCGGUGCCGGCAACUACAGUGGGCUCGGUACGGUAGCGGCGGCUUCGGGUAGCCCGCUAGGGCCGUCACUCACACCACCACCCGUGUCCGGACUCGGUGCCCUUGUGACGAGCCGUGCGCCGGGCGCUGAGACCAAAUUCCGACAGGUAAAUCCUGGCCUGGUGCCCGGUAUCUCGACUGCCAAUGCUGCCAUGUUUGGAUCGAACAAUUGUGCCGCGCAGGCCAUACUGUCGCGGCUGUCGAGUGCCGUGGCACGGCCGACUGUUGCUCCUGCAGCUGCGCCCGCCGUUCCGGGGGCCGCCCCAGGGCUUGACCGUCCGCCGGGUCGAUCCCGCCUGCUAGAAGACUUCCGUAACCAGCGCUACCCGAACCUGCAGCUGCGCGAUCUCACCAAUCACAUUGUGGAGUUCUCGCAGGAUCAGCACGGAUCGCGCUUCAUCCAGCAGAAGCUGGAGCGUGCGAUCAGCGUGGAGAAGCAGCUGGUGUUUAACGAAAUACUGGGCGCCGCGUACAGCCUGAUGACGGACGUGUUUGGCAACUACGUCAUCCAGAAGUUCUUCGAGUUUGGUUCACCGGAGCAAAAGCAGGCACUUGCCCAGCAGGUGAAGGGCCACGUACUACCGCUAGCGCUGCAGAUGUACGGCUGUCGCGUGAUACAGAAGGCACUGGAAAGCAUUCCGGCGGAACAGCAGCAGGAGAUUGUGCGCGAACUGGACGGGCAUGUGCUGAAGUGCGUGAAGGAUCAGAACGGUAAUCACGUGGUGCAGAAGUGCAUCGAGUGCGUCGAUCCGGUCGCGCUACAGUUCAUCAUCGACGCAUUCCGCAACCAGGUGUACUCGCUCAGUACACAUCCGUACGGAUGUCGGGUGAUUCAGCGGAUACUGGAACACUGUACGCCCGAGCAGACGGCACCCAUUCUGGCCGAACUGCACGCCAACACGGAGCAGCUGAUCCAGGAUCAGUACGGCAACUACGUCAUCCAGCACGUGUUGGAGCAUGGAAAGCCGGAAGAUAAGUCUGCACUGAUUUCUAGCGUGCGCGGAAAGGUGCUGACACUCUCGCAGCAUAAGUUCGCCUCGAACGUGGUGGAAAAGUGUGUUACGCAUGCUACACGGGCCGAGCGCGCGCUUCUGAUCGAAGAAGUGUGCUCAUUUAAUGAUGCCGGACUGCACGUCAUGAUGAAGGAUCAGUACGCGAAUUACGUGGUACAGAAGAUGAUUGACGUGUCCGAGCCGACGCAACGGAAGGUGCUGCUGCACAAGAUACGGCCCCACAUGAACUCGCUGAAAAAGUAUACCUACGGGAAGCACAUAAUCGCCAAGUUGGACAAAUUUUCGCUCAAGACCCCCAACGCACUGGCGGGUGGUGGUGCCGGUGGAGCUGGAAACGCGGUUGCUGGCGGUGCCGCCGGUGCAAAUGGUACAGCCGGCGCCGUGGCGGGUAACGGUGCCAAUGGAAGCAAUGGCACCGUCAACGGUACCACCGGCGAGCUCACUGCCAAUGGUCCGACGAACGGAACCGGCGUUAACAGUGUUGCCGGGAACGGCAACAACAACAACGGCACGGGUGUAGUAACACCAACGGCUGGCGCUGCCGGAGCUGGUAGCCCGGCCGGUGGCGGUGUACCGGCAAACAGUGGUGCCGGAAGUAACGGCACCAGCGCUGUUCUACGCCCGAUCGGACCUCCAACCAACGGAGUAAUGUAAUGUAGCGUGAAGGAAAGCAGUAAGGACUACGGUACAAUGUAAAUAGGUAUUUGUUUGCUAUUUUCGAAUAUUUAGCAGUGCAGACAACACACACACACCCUCAGCAAGAGCCUCUUCAGCAUAAUAGGGCCAAUUUUUCGGGCCGCUUUUUUGUAUAAGGCUUAUGGAUAUGCGGUGAACGAUUACAGAAAAGGAAGAGAAAAAGGAAAAUCUCCCUAUGCGAAAUUAUAUUCGCCUGCGAAGGAAGAAAAAGGCUCUCGCGGCUAGCGAUCGAUCGUGAAGCUUCAUAGGCGCUAGGCGCAAUGUUUAUAUUUGUUAACUCUAUAUUUUUUUGUUUGCGUCACCCAUAUACCGAUAGAUUUGUUUCUGUGUGUUUUGUGUACAUUUUUAUCCCCUGUGUACGGUGUGUUCGAUCUCAUUCAAUUCUAUAGCAAAUGAAGCGAAACGAUAACAACAGAGAGAAAUUAAUUCGGCGAUCGAUCGGCCCUAAUGAUCGCCUCUGUGUGAAAGGGAAAUAUUACAAACAGCAUAACAGCGCAUCUACGAAUGGUUUAAGAUUAAUGGCCUUAAUGCCUGUAAUGGUGUGAGUAGGCAACAUUCAUUUUGCACUAUUACGAAAUGAUUUAAACAUAUUUAUGUUAGGAGGAAAAGCAAAUCGUGUGCAAAUGAGUAGUAGUGUGGAGAGAGUCGCUCCUCGUUUCUCGUCACUUACACAUGCGAAUACGGAUCGUGUCGCAUUCGUAACCGACCGAACCACGGUCGGACUUUAAAUGUUUGUCCUUUUUAUAUUAAUGUGAGUUGUGUUUUUUGUGGCUAGCAGGAAAAGUCCUUGAACAUACAAAAGAAAAAACAAUGCGUAAAAUGUAGCGCAAAGUGUAAGCGCGCGAUCGUGGUUUUUUGUAGGGUAAUAAGUGUACACACAAGCGUAAACGUAAUAUUUAUAACAUACACACGCGCACACCCACACACUCGCGAUUUAACUAGUGAUCAAACGGAUGGAGGAUGGUAUGGUAGGAAAGCGUGUGGUGGCCCCAUGUGUACACCAACUACGGAGCUUACUAUUUGUUGUGGUGGUGGUGGUGUAAGUGUUUCGCUAAAAUUAACGAAUAAAAAGCGAUCCAGUCGCGAAGGUCGCAGCCACAAAGAACAGAGCUGCAGCCGGAGACCGGGAUGAGACUAACCGACUCCGUGAUCGUGUUGUGGAACGAGCAGCAGUAGCAGCAGAACCUUUUUUGUCUCCUACAAAGCUAUGAAGAGUUAAGAUCGGUCCGACACAUUUUCCCCCAAAAGUCGGACUAAUGUUUCUGAUACUCACGCACGAGAAUGAAAAAAAAUCCGCUUUCCACUCUGUGUGCGUGUCGGAGAAGGAGCGACCAGAAGGAAAAACCGCGUGGAAAGGAUUUAACAAUUUAAACAGCAGUGUUUAUAGCAGUUUUGAAGUACACACUCGAUUCGUGCGGGAACAGUAAAUAAACAGUAGUUUAAUGUAGCGAUUUAGCGCGAGAGCGAGCCGCAGUGUAUCGUUUUAGUUUUUAAUUAAUUACUAGGAAGAAGCUGGCAUAGGGAUCAUUUUUUCGAAGAAAAUUAAGGGAAAAAACACACACACACAGUCUCUUGCAUACCCCAUAUAGCAGCAGCAGCAGCAGCACAUCCACAUACCGGGGCGUGAAUGGUUUUUUCAAAUUGAAAUCCUGCAAAUGGUCAGAGCAAAGGAAAGCAAACGGAAGGAAUUCUGUGCUGGCUAAUCUCUUGAUGGGGCUAUAUAUGGUGUGGAUGUUGUUCUAUAGGACUGCGUUUUAGUGUAUUGGCACCUGGAUUGGCGUGUGUUAGAAUUAAUGUUAAUAAUCCAGUUUUUAUGUAAGAAUCAGCAGCAGCAGCAACAGCAUCAUAGCAGAAGGACGCAGCGAGCGAACCGUUUACUGCCAACCCCUGCGUUUGCGGCAUCCCCGGCGUAGUAUUUAUACGGAUGCGUUUUUCCUGGUGAGGUGAGGAUGUUUGGUUUAGUCCAUGUCCAAGUAGGGGUUUAUAUACAAUAUUUAGUAGCGCUUCGAGGAUAGCGAUGAUAGGCAGCACCUCAAUUUCAUUUACGAGCUCCUUCAUCCGUUUUCUCAACUCAUCAUACCACACUGUAGUUGCUGUCGUUAGACAGCUCUUGUCAAAUCCUAAACCUACUUGAAAUGUAUCAAUUAACGCAACAAACGUAGGCUCGUAAGCUGCUAAUAAUUUAAUCUUUCUUUUCUUAAGACACACACACAAUAGAACAUUCGAUCGAUCCAUAGAUUUGAGCAUGAGCAAACCAGCUGCAACAUACGCGUAUAUAUAUAACAUAUAAUUGAAUAUGUAAAUGUUGCAAUCGUAUGUAUCGUUCGGAACCGGAAGCAGAAGACGGGUUCACAUUAAUAACCGUCAGUAGAUCAAUGCUUCACCCGUGGUUAGUGUUAUGUGUGUGUGUGUUUUCCGAUCGUGGUUUCUCCUUAUGGGGUUUUAUUAGGAGGCAUCAACACACACGCACGCACACUACGAAUGAACUUUUGAUCGUAAACCCACUACUACUACUGCGUACUACUUUUCAUGAUUCAUCAACAGCGCGUAGUCCUAGUUCUCUUCGUUUGUAGUGGUACACAAUUAACGACUAACGAAUAACACGUAAAAUCGAAACUCUCAUGAUGCAGCUCAUCUGCAUUCUGUUCGCAUAGACUAGACUAUAGAUGGCCGUGGGGUUUAAAGGAAACCGGAUUUUUGCAAGACUGGAGUUUGAAAAUUUUAACCGAAUUUGAACGAUAAAGUGAAGCGAUGAAGGAAUAGUUUUCUUUAUAAAAUGCUGAACCGAUUGCAAAUGCAUCGAUAGCCGAACGAGUUUAGUUGGCACUCGAAACUACCCUCAUUUAUGUGCACGAAAUGUAACCCCAGUUUAGAUACAUAACAGAGCACGUUCAGGGGCAAAAUGUAAAUGUGUGUCUCCCAACGGACACCGUUUUUUUAAUGGAAACGCUUUAAUUUAAUUUUCAUCAACCACUGCUGUCGUAUAAAGUUAGAAAAUUAUGCAUUUGUUUGGUCGACAAAAUCAAUCCCAUAUGGUUAAUAGCAGAAUUUUAGGGUCAUUUUUAGGCCUGCCUGACUUAGCGGGGGGGUUUUCAUCCUCUGCGGUGGGGUUUAAAUGUGUGCGUAGUGUUAUGUAAAAUCUCUAAUUAAACAUUUAAUGAGCACAGCAGUAGAAGCGACCGUGCUCCGUACUCGCGCCAGACAGGUUUUUUUUUGGGUGUUUUGCUUUAUAAAUGCAAACCUAUAAAUACCUAUACAUACGCAUAAACACACACACAUAUAUAUAUUAAUAUUUGUACUAUGUUUAAUGAAUUAUGACAGGAUUGCAAACAAUACUGCGUGUGGCGUGGGCUUAUAGCAAUUGUGUCUCUCACGAUCAUCAUAUAAAUAUCGAUAUAAAUACUAAUAAUAUAAAUAUUCCUCAUAAUGGAUAGAGACUUUCUUAGUGAACAAUUUUUCUAGACUUUAAUAUAAAAGCAAAAACCCGUGUUUGUGAGAAGAAGAAGGAAAAAAAUGAAACAAAAAUAAAACACAGUAAACAGUAAAAUGGGGGAAGUUAAAAUGUUACGAAACCAUUAAAUAUGAAUAGAAAGAUGGAAAGAGAAUAAUCCCAUUUCUAAAGAGAGAAAAAAAAUGGAAUACGAAAUAUGUGAGCUACAGAAGGUGGAAAAUGAAAGGAAAUUGCUACAGCUACGAUAUCGAACAACCUAAUUAGAGCGGGAGGUUAGGAAUGAAAACUUCCGACACGGUUUUUCUUUUUAUUUUGCCCCUCUCCCAUUAUUAUACAUAAUUAGAGACAGCAGCUUCUAAGUUGUGUGUAUGUGCAAACUGUGUUUUAGUGAGACGCAACCGUAAAAGUGGAACAAAAUCAUCCGGCAAUUCAGCAAAAACAAAAGCCAGUUGUGUAUAGCGCUGUACAAAAUUUACAUAGUUAUUUUAUACUACUUAUAAAACCACCCCCGUUUCGAUACACACCAAGGGACACUACACAUUCUCGAUAGCGGCGAAUAGACAGAACGGACAGAGUCAAAUUUAAAUCUCUUCUUAUCUCAUCAUCAAGGCAAACAUUAUCAAACCCGUUAUCCAACAAAAAAAAAAACCCAAUAGACGAAAACUGAUCUCUCUCAUGCAAGUAACGGGGUGCGAGCAGCGGUAGCACCUCGAAGAAAAAUUUUAAACCAGAAUUUACCCAGAACAGUUGACGCUGAGACACCUACGGGCGGUGUGGUUUAACACAGAAAAACAAAAAACGCAUUUUUGAAUAGUGUUUGAUUGUACAUUAGAGUUCUUAGAUACAAAUGAACAAACAAAAAACAACAACCAAGCUGUAGAAAAUCCUUCGUAUAAAUAUUAUACUACUUAUAAUAAUAAUGUGUAUGCAAACAUAGGAGCCGUUGGAACGUGGAGUGGAAGCAAAAUAGAAAGAUUAUUUUUUAUGUGUGUGAGGGCCGGUCACCGAUGCGCCCUCGCGCGUUUGUGUGUGAGUGAGUGACUUAAUGCAAAGUGUCCUGUGUGUGUGUGCUACUUGAAAAUAGUGAAACAGCAGCAGCAUUAAAUGCAGUGCCCCGGAAAAUAAGGGACAGCAAAAAAAAGACCUCACAAAACUGAUAAAGUGUAUGCUAGUGUGUGUGUGUGUGCGUGCGCUUGUAUGUAUAAUAAUCUGUACAAACCACCAAGAAGAAAAAAAAACACGCAACGACUGCAGAAAAUAGUGAAGAAAAUCGAAACACCAUAAUACAUCAAUCACACCACAGUAACAGCAGAAGCAGCUACUAAACAGCGCUUAAAAAGCGAUCAGGGCGAAACAUAGUGGUCAAUGUAAAUACAUCAAUAUUACAUCCGUGCAUCCAGUGAAAGACAUGCCACGAUGAUGCACAUCAGAAACACUCGAAUCCUCACAAUAGCUAAAAUGGGAUAUGGAAGCUAAGCUCCUUAAAGAGCGAUGAAUAUGUGUAGAAGAAGAAAAACGAACACCACCUUUAAACAUCCUCCUUGAAAAUGAUGAUCACCUUUAAACACAUUCGCUCGCGUACGCACACACGCACGCACGCACACGCACGAACUGAAGUUGUAAUCACGUGUAAAAUUAUGCUGUAAAAUAGCGGAAAAAAGGGACUGACAAGUGUGUGUAUGUGUACAUUAACAGCACCGGAGCACCGCGGGAUGGGAGCUUGUUUGAUCGCGAUCACGACCAGGUAGCGUACACGGUCUCAGGUUAGAUUUGUUUUCUCUAUAAUGAGGUGAGGGUGACACAGGAUAUGACGAGAAGGGGAUUGGCACGGUACAAGCUCACUGCCAUCCUGUUGCUUAUCGUGGCCGCGAGCUUAACGCGUUGGUGGAAGGUGGAAGGUAGAAAUGGCUGAAGAACUAUAGCGAUGCAAAAGCGGAUAGGUGAGAAGGGAAAAUGGAAUAGAGAGGGGGCGGGGGAGGGGGGGCAACAGGAAUAGAGGGACCUUGUAAAAAGAAGAAGAAAACGAAAGGAUGUAUUUUUUUUUUGGUUAAAAAAUGCAAACAAAUAGCAAGAUCGAAUUUAAGAUCAAAUGUGCAGGAAGGAUGUGAGAUCUCCCUCAAAACAGCGUGAUCUUAGUGAUCGUUCUUUUUUUCUUUGGACGCAAAAAUCGCAAUCUCACACGACGCUGGUGGACGACACAUUGUUCCGGAUUGUUUUAUAGUUGUAAAUUUCAUGGCGGACACUUGUGUAUAGAUGCUAGAGAGAGAGAGAAAGAAGGAACCAGCAACAAAAUCUAACUCGGGAUAAGCCUGUUUUUUUCGGGAACACUUCGGAUAUACUUUGGAUGGACAGCAUACGAAACUAAAUCGUUUCAUCUGGACUAGAAAAUUCUGCGACAACAACGACACAAAUGAGGCAUACAGCUACGCUCCGAUAGGUACGCAUGAACGGAUAAAGUAAAUUCAAAUUAUCAGCUUCCAAACCAGAUCCCCGAUCCCAAAUUAUAUGAUCCUCGGAAAAACAAACGUGUGAUAUGUACAGUGCUACUAAUGUAACAUAACAUUGAGGAAAACUCUCAAGAAAACAAACAAAUAACAAACGAGGAACAGCAAGAAACGUUAUCAUUUGAUCUUCAAGUCCAGCUUCUCAGCGCUCUCUCUCUGUCUAAUCUUAGCCUCCAGCUUCCUUAUCAGGGAUAAUUAAUUUUCCUUUUUGCAAUAGAAAAUUCGUGUACUGUCGUGUGUGUGUUUAUGUAUGCCCAUUGGGGUGUGUCGUUGUGCUCUCGCUCUAUGUGUGUGUUUGUGUAAAGAAAGUCGCACCCUAACAUGUGACAAAAUUGUGUAUAAAUUGUUUUUAACUGUACAAACAAACAAAACGCGGGGGGAAAGCGAAUACACACGCACACACACAUGCUACAAAGGCAAGAAAAAUGAGUUUGAAGAUCACGGGAGCUCUCGAGGACAGAAGUCCGUCUCCGUUUAACUGUCACAACCGUACCGAACCGAAGCUGAUCAAUCCCGCGACCAUCCGACAAGCUAAACUCUAUUCUGUAAAUUAACGAACGAACGAACGAGGAACAAAAAGUUUGUAUGAAAUUACCCCAGCAACAAUUGAACUGUGAUUUUUUUGCUAUACUGUACACCAACACAUGCUUACAUGGUGUUUCCCCCGUUUUCCCCUUUGCCUUUCUGACCUCUCCGGCCCUGCUAAAACCUUUUUCCACCUUCGAAAUCCUUCCACAAGCAACACAUCAUCACGCUGGAUGUUGGAUUUUGAGCAUUUGGGCCAAGCAAGGAGCGUAUUCGGGGGGAAGUUUUAAAAGUGUGUAACAUGUGUGUAACAACCUUGUGUAAAAUUUGCUGCUCUAGCUCUCUCCCUCCGCCAGGGGCAAGGAAUGCUAGCGCUAUCUUGUAAAGUGUACAUUUUCAGCAUAAAUUUAAAUUAUUUUCCUUUAUCCUUACGAUCCUUGCCCACAGGGACCUUGCUUGAGUUUGCUGAACCCCGAAUAUUUCGAGACGGGAGUCAACUUUCAAGUCCACCUUUUUGACAGCAAAACUUUACUUUUUCUUCUUUUCAUUGUACGUUUCGAUCGAAGUUUGUUGCAAAAAAAAACGAAACUCUUUGUACAUUAAACUUUCUACUCAGUGCAAACGAACAAAAAAAAAAAACGAUAAUAGAAACCGUAAAACAUUCGUCAAACGGGCGUGUCUCGUACAUCUCAAAUGUUCCGAUCAGAACGCGGAAUAUCCCCAAAUCAGCAAGUGUACUUCUCAUAGAGCUAGAGCACGAAGAGGCAAAAGAAUGGCAUGGAAAGCGAGCGGGAGAGAGAGAAAGAGAAGAGACAACCAACAAGAAACAAAGAGGCAAGUAAAACUAGCUAAAAAUUUAAAAACAAAGUUUGAUAAAAAUUGCAACCAACAAUGAACAAAGCAAAAGCGGGAAACCAGCACAUAAGCACAAGAAGUGAAACGAAAAGGAAGCGUACGGAAGAAUGGGGGAAAAGUUGUAGAAAAAACAAAUUUAGCUUGAGUAAAACCCCAAAAACUAGGAAACAAAAUCCAAUGUCCCAAUAAAACAACUAGCAAAACACAAACACAUACGAAGGAAGGUGGUAAAUGGUGAAACAAACAGACAGAAAAGAGGUCAACAGCAAAAUGCAAAUGUAAAAUGGAAGAAGAGAACAAAAAACAAACACACACGCGCAAUGUAUAAUUCACAAUUUGCUGCAAUACUCUCUAAGAAAUUGAACACGAAUGGCCGCACACUCCCACCAACGUUGUGUAUUGGUUUGGAAGGACAUUUGUCUAAUACAGUUAUUUGCUGCCCAUACAGAGGAUGGCACAUUAUGAUUAAUUUUCUUUUCUUUUGCCUCAUUUUAUAUGUAUAAGUUAAACAAUUUUUUUUGAGUAAAUAGUAAUUAUAUGUUUUAUAAGAUUUUUUUUUGCCUGUAACUUAUCCUCAUACACAUACACAUACAUAAUUAUAUUUUUUGUCUCUUUUCAAUCAAAAGUUGAUCAAGUAUCGAUUUUUAGUUCAUUAAGUUUUGUAUUAAAUUGAUAAACAAGUGGUGUUACACACUUCACUGUCCAAUUCCUUUGGAAAUCAAGAUCCUCUAGUGUAUGUUUGUGUUGAAAUGGUGUGUUUGUGUGAGUGUGAAUGUGCAAGUUAAAUUAUGGUUUGGUUAAAACCGACGAAACCCUAUAGCAGCGUCCUAAGGCGUAGAUACAGCAAAAUGGAUUGGAAAAACAAAAGAAAUAAGUAACCUUUUUCGGUUACAACAAACGAAUUAGAAAGCAACAAAAUUGAAAACUUCAAAUUUUUAAGAAAAACCACACACAGAAACACACCUGCCACAGCCACAGCAACAACAUUCAGAGUGUAUAACAGCAGCAGUGAAAACAACAGGAAGGCGCGGCUAAGAGAGCAACAAACAAAAAACCGCUGAUGGAGCAGCAAAACAGGAGCACACACUCACACACGGCUAUAAAUAAUUAAAAAAAAAACAACAAACACAUAUAAAUAUAAAAGUAAUAUUAAUUUGAACAUAACUAUAAAUAUUAUGAUACUAUCAAACAAAUAAAUUUUCUGUAACAUUGAAGAAAUAAUAA